AUGGCGCCCCUCACGACCGUAACGCGCGCGCUCGCGCGGUCCUCACCAGCCGCCGCCCUCCUCCGCCCGCUGACGGCCGCGGCCACCAUGAGCACGUCGCCGGCGCUCCGCGACGCCUCGUCCACCUACCAGAGCCCCUUCAAGGGCGAGAGCGACAGCACCAAGAUGCCCGACUUCACAAAAUACAUGAGCAAGAACGGCGGCGGCAACCAGGUCUUCUCCUACUUUAUGGUCGGCGCCCUCGGCGCCAUCUCGGCCGCCGGCGCUAAGUCCACCAUCCAGGAAUUCCUCAAGAACAUGGCCGCCUCGGCUGAUGUCCUGGCCAUGGCCAAGGUCGAGGUCGACCUCGGUGCCAUCCCGGAGGGCAAGAACGUCAUCAUCAAGUGGAGAGGCAAGCCCGUCUUCAUCCGCCACCGCACAGCGUCCGAGAUCGACGAGGCCAACCAAGUCAACGUCGCGUCAUUAAGAGACCCCCAGUCCGACGAGGACCGUGUCAAGAAGCCCGAGUGGCUCAUCAUGCUUGGCGUGUGCACACACUUGGGAUGUGUACCCAUCGGCGAGGCCGGCGACUACGGAGGUUGGUUCUGCCCGUGCCACGGCUCCCACUACGACAUCUCCGGCCGCAUAAGGAAAGGACCCGCGCCGCUGAACCUCGAGAUCCCGGCGUACGACUUUUCCGACGACGACAAGCUGGUCAUUGGUUAA